AUGGUUGGCCAGUCUGAUAUCAUCGACUGUCGUUUCCCAUCCUCUUCGAUCGAUGGGGUCAUGGCGACAAUCACCGUCACAGCUCCAAAGGCAGCAGUGUCGCUCCCGCCGCCAUCAAGAUACCAGACCAUCGAUCAUUUGCUCCGACAGUAUGCUUCAGAUGGUGGCGAGACACCCAUGUUCGGAUAUCCCGCGAAGGGUGCAUCAGAUUACGAAAUCCACACAGUCAGGAUGAUUGACCAAUAUGUCGACGCGGCUUGUUGGUGGUACCAAGCGCAAGGAUUGCUGCCGAUUGAUCCAGCACAAGAGAAGGCUCCGGCCAUAGCACUUCUUACUCAGUCCUCCCUCGAUGCCAUCAUAUCAUUCUUAGCCUUGGGCCGCAUGGGUUGGGCGGUUCUUUUCUUGUCGACAAGGCUCCCAGCACCGGCUUUGGUCAGUCUCAUGCGACUGACUGAUUGUACCACGAUUGUGGCGUCUGCGGUGUUUGACGCUGUCAUCCAGCAAAAGCAUGUUGAGUUGCAAUUCGAUCUCCUGCCAUUGAUCAAACAGGUAGACUAUCGAUUGACACUCAACGUUCAACAAUUCGUCCGUGAAGUCGAUCCGAAGAAGGAAUCCGAAAAGGUCGCGUGGAUCAUUCACUCUUCCGGAUCGACGGGAUUCCCUAAGCCCAUCUUCGUCACCAACAUCGGCGCUCUCUCGAAUUUUCGGACAGGACUGAGUCUUCGAGUAUUCACAAUCUCCCCCCUAUUCCAUUCCCAUGCUCUGUUUGCAUUUGGACGCGCGCUCUACCACCGACAGAUCAUGUUUUUCGGCAACCACCAACUGCCAGUCACGCGGCCAAACCUGGUCGCCGCACUCCGUGUCGCCAAGCCAGAAUUGGUAUGGGCUGUCCCAUACGUCCUCGAGAUCCUAGCGGAGCGGGACGAUGGUAUUGCUGAACUCGCAAAAGCAAAGACCAUCAUAUAUGGCGGCAGUGCGUGCCCGGACUCAUUAGGAGAUAAACUGGUCUCGAAAGGUGUCAAAUUGGUCGGCAGCUAUGGCGCUACCGAGAUGGGAUUCGUCAUGAACUCGGCAAGACCUGCAGGUGACGAUGAGUGGAAUUAUAUGCGCUUGAACAAGCCCGUGGCGGACCAUAUCUGGAUGGACGAGAUCUCACCGGGGCUAUUCGAGUGCAUUGUACUCGAUGGCCUGCCAACCAAAGUAGCGACAAACACCGACAAUCCACCAGGGGCGUUUAGAACAAGGGACUUGUUCACACGACAUCCUGAUCCUGCGAAAUCCAAUCAUUGGAAACACGUCAGCAGGCUUGAUGACCGUUUAACACUGGUCAACGGUGAGAAAGUCCUCCCGAUACCGAUCGAGGGACAUAUUCGCCAGAGUGUGUUAGUGAGGGAGGUGGCCGUAUUUGGGUUCCAAAGGGCUCUGCCUGGCGCGAUUGUGUUUCGUAGUGAGGCUGCUGUUAAUCUGAGUGACGAAGAGUUCCUAGACCAAAUCUGGCCGCAAAUCGAAGAAGCAAACGGUCGCGCUGAGACUUUUUCCCGUAUCUCUAGAGACCUGGUCAUUGUCCGACCAUUUGAUGAAUCAUACCCACGAACGGACAAAGGCACAUUCAUCCGCGCACAGUUGUACGAGCAGUACCAGUCGCACAUGCAGCAAGCUUAUGAGAGAUUCGAGGCCGGCGUAUCGACUUCGACUAACGAACGCCACCUGUUGAACCUUGAUGUUCCGGCGCUGGAAGAAUUCCUUAUGGCCAAAUUCCGCGACGAUCUCGGCGUCACAUUGGACUCGGUCGAUUCGGACAUCUUCUCUGCAGGCGUCGAUAGUUUGCAGACAACGCGCAUCUUGCACAUGAUCAAGAAAGAACUCGAUCUCGGGGGCAAUGAAGCCAAACUUUCACAGAAUGUCGUAUUCGAACGCGGAACGUGCAGAUCUCUGGCGCAACACCUGUACAGACUGAGGCUCGAUAUUGGUGAUUGUGAAGAUGACUCGGAUUGGAGGGAGAUCCAGGAAAUGCAGGACCUGAUCCGGUCAUACUCGAAUUUCACGACGCAUGAUCCGACCGACAGGCCCAAAGUAUCCAGCAAAACGGUCCUGCUGACUGGCACGACCGGUGGGCUGGGGUCGUGUCUCCUGGCCAACCUCCUCAGGCGCCAGGACAUUAGCAGGGUAUACUGCCUCGUGCGUGCUUCAGACGCCGCAUCGGCCCAAACCCGGGUUCUCAGAGCAUUGGAAGACCGUGGUCUCCAACGAGAGCUUCCAGACAACCACCAGAACAAGGUGUGCUUUUGUGGGAGACCAGAGCCAGCCUUCGCUUGUGCCUGGGCAGUCAAUUUCAACCUUCCGUUGCAUGCGUUCGACCAGCAACAUAUCCGGGGCGUGUAUAAUCUCCUCGAACACGUUGCAUUGCGAACCACGCACAGCAAGCCGGCCAAGUUCUUUUUCUGCUCGAGCGUGGCGGCUGUGAGCGGCACGCCCAAGGACGAGACGAUAGCCGAGGCUCGGGUUUCGGAUCUGUCGCAUGCCCAGCCCAUCGGCACAGGCUGCGUGGCGAGAGUGCUGAGGAUCGGACAGUUGGCGGGGGAUACGAGGCAGGCGGUUUGGAACGAUACCGAAGCCAUUGCACUUAUGAUUCGGUCAGCUCUACCGUCCAGCGCGUCGUGUCUGCCGUCUUUGGACGAAAGUCCGAGCUGGCUGCCCAUCGAUCGAGCUGCAGAAGCUAUUGAACAGCUGGCAUUUCGAAACGAUGAUGCGGUAGACGCAGAGCUCGUCUACCACAUUGUCAAUCCAUGCACAUUUAGCUUUGCAAAGGAUCUUGUGCCGAUGCUGCAGGCUCACCCCAGCAUGCCAAGUUUUGAAGUUGAUGAUGUUGCAAUUUGGCUUGAUCGGUUGAGGGCUAGUGAUGAGGAUGUUGAAAGGGACCCAAGUCGAAAGCUGAUGGGAUUCUGGGAGCGCAAGUAUGUAAAGGCAUCGACACCGGAUGAGCCUGCCCCAGGGAAUGCGGAGGACAUUGGAGAAAAAGGGCCGAGAUUUGAGACCACCAAGACAAUCAAAGAUAGUACUGUGCUGGGAGAGGUUAGAGAUCCAGUAGGAGAUGGUCUGAUGUACAGGACUGUGGACGUGUGGACGAAGAAGUGGAAGAUCGAUCUAGAAAUCAUCGUUCAUCAGGCGUCCAGUCCUAAGGAUAUUCUUGAGCAGAGAAGACACCCCUCUUUACAAUAUGACUUACAUCAUCCCAAAGGUCUACAGUCGAACAUGGACAAAGUCAUGUCCAGACACAGUUGCACCGAUUCGACGAGCAAUGAACCAACACGAGUACCUACAGGCGCCUCCGGAUGUACUGCGAAGAACACUUCAUCGCGCUCGAAUCAUCCCAUACCAGAUCUGUCUGAUGAGACUCUCACUUCGCGAUCGUCAAAGCCCAUCCACCUUGAGCCACCGCCAGUCGUUGUCCGCCCUCCCAAGGUCAAAACUGAUAGCUUCAGCCAUCAUGCACUUACGUGGUUUGCAUGGAAUCGUAACGAGCACAAGGACAUCUCCCAUUGCGCCCGGUCGACGCGUCGGAUUUACACUCUCGAAAAGACACUACGACUCUUUGGCGUAACAUUGUCUCAAAACAUCGCCUUCAAAACAAAUGAAACCGGAGUCGAUAUCGCUAGAGUCAACGUUCGCUUGGGCUGGCAAGGCACCGAAAGGACAUGGACAGAGGAUAAACUUCCCCAAGCACGCAAACGGAUGCAGACAUACACCCAACGCCCAGAUGAUCCCAAGUCGACAGAGAGGGACAACAAUGACGCGGGUAGCAGGCCAGAAGACAUCGAACGGCAAACCGCGCCGACCGACCUCACACAGGUCCCCACCAUCGCCCACCCGUGGCUCCAUGACUACCAUUACAUCGUUGUCGGCUUCAUGGGUGACGGCAGCGUGCCACGUGAGACGCUCCGAAGGGUCAUGGAUACCGAGGGUUUGUUCCAAGCCAUCCGCAAAGCACACCGAACCUUGCGCAACCCACUGCGCCGCGCACUGUCGCUCAAAGAAGUCUCAGGCUUUGGUAUCUACGAGUGCGACCCGGCCAAAGGCUACCACCGCGAAGUCGAGCUGGACCACGAAACCGGAAGGGCGUUGUCGGAGCUAUGGCGCAGCUACAAAGGGAACAAGCUUGACUAUGAGGGCCGCUGGCUGAUGUGGAUUCACGAGCAUUUCAAUGCCGACUCCAACAAUCCUGAGAUGGGUGGACUGACUCUGGAAUUCAAACUGCGAUGGAGUGUGGUCAAGGUGGUGUUCUGGGGUACGGUGCCGAUUGUGCUGAGUCUGGUCAUCGGCUUUUGGUACAUGUACAGUGAUCAUGGGGAUGUGGACGAUGUUGCGGUUGCCGAAGCCGCCUGGGUUAUUGCGACGUAUAUUGUCACUUCGUCUGCUUUACUUCUCGCUCUACUGGCAGUCAUUACACAACUUGGCAACAUUUGA